AUGAUGGAGACAUUACAGGACACACUGUCUGCAAUGGAGGAUAACGUGUCCCUUCGACUAAACAAGAUUGAGCAACGUCUGGAUUCGUUAGAGAAAGUGGUAAGUAGUUGCUUUUUCUUCAUAUAACUUGCGUAAGCUUUUCGUAAAAUGGACUUGUUAGGAAAACUGCACUAGGAUACUGAGCAUCUUUGAACCGGAACCGGAAAUAGACCCUGUUUGGUGUCGUUGGUCCGAAACUAACGAGUGAAUAUCCCUACUUUCUAGUUCAGUGAUCCAGGAGUAAAUUGUGGUCCAUUUCCUCAGACCGGUAACUUGCAAACCAUCGACCACGAGGCUUUGGCAUUCCUCAGCGAUGAUCCGAUGGAAGUGUUCGAACCAGUGCCUUCAACUCCGCCAGCACCAACAACCCCGCAAACACCGGCACUCCAGCCAUCAACCCUCGAGGACGACAUAGUCGGUGAAGACGUCAUACGAUCGUUGGUGACGCCCAGCAAAUCGAAAGGGGUGCGAGACGUCUUGGAAAAGGAAAAAGAGAGGCACCGGUGCGCUCUGAAACUUUUGCCUUUCUUCUUCUUCGGAAGAGCUGAGCAACAGCAACACUGA